GAAACUGCUGGAAGGCGGAGACGCCGUCAUUGACUGGAGUAGCUACAUGCCGGUGUUGGGAGCAGCACUCUGAAUGAUUUAAAUUAGUGAUCUUGGCUUCCCCCCCAAAUCUCUUUUUGUCAGAGGCAACUCUCAUGUCGUUAUAAUGAGAGGAUGGCCGAGAGGCAUGACGCGGAUGAAGGGACGCUGAUCGCCGCCGUGCUUCAGCAAGACCACAUUGAUGCUCCGACUCCCGACGGCGUAGACAUGGAUUUUAGUGGUGGAGAGGAUGAACUGUGUUUGGAGGAGAUUCUAAAACUGUAUGGGCAGCCGAUUAACGAGGAGCAGGCGUGGGCAGUUUGUUACCAGAGCUGCCGAACCUUGGCGAAGGAGCACCUGCGAAAACGCACCAAAUCUGCCAAGGCACCAGUUGUGGAUUAUGUUGGAAAAAUUGAGGGACCAGGGGAUGUACGAAUUCGCAAGGACGGAACCGUUAAGUUACAACAUCAGGGUGAUCCAGAUAAAUACAGACCGUCAUGCACACCAGUAGAGGUGAUCGAGUCUCUGGGCAUCAUGAUCUACAAGGCCCUGGAUUACGGCCUGAAGGAGAACGAGGAGCGGGAGCUCAGCCCGCCCCUGGAGCAGCUCAUCGACAUCAUGACCAACAUGGGCGUGGCCGAGAGUGACGCCUGUCCCGACGAGGGCUACGAGGCCACUGAGGAGGAGGACGAGGGCGAAGAGGGUGAGGAAGAUCCUGCUGGAGUGUGCAACGUCCAUGGCUACCGGGACAUCCUCAAGCUCUGCACCUCCCACCUCCCCAGCUCCUCGGACACCCCCAGCCACUACCAGGCCGUGUGCCGUGCCCUCUACGCUGAGACCAAGGAGCUCCACACCUUCCUGGAGAAGAUCAAGAGUGCCAAAGAGAACCUACGAAAGAUGGGGGCGGAGACGACAGAAGAGCCGACGCGAGACCUGAAUGAGCUGCAGAAUGCUGAUUGGGCCCGCUUCUGGGUGCAGGUGAUGCGGGACCUGCGGACGGGAGUGAAGCUGCAGAAAGUGCAAGCGCGGCAGUACGACCCCCUGCCCAUCGAGUUCCAGCUCACGCCCUACGAGAUGCUGAUGGACGACAUCCGCUCCAAGCGCUACAAGCUGCGCAAAGUCAUGGUGAACGGAGACCUCCCGCCCAGGUUAAAAAAGAGUGCCCACGAAGUCAUCCUGGAAUUCAUUCGCUCCAGACCUCCCCUCAACCCUGUCUCCGCCCGCAAACUGAAGCCCCACCCUCCGAGGCUGCCCUGCCUGCACGAGCGAAUCCUGGAGGAGAUCAAAGCGGAGAGAAAACUGAGGCCUGUGUCUCCAGAAGAGAUACGCAGGAGCCGCCUUGUAAUUCGACCGCUUAGCAUGUCUCAAAGCUUUGACUUGUCAGUAUGCACUGCGGAACCCACCAAGAGGAGACCGGUCAGCACGCUGGCUCUGGCCAAUGGGACGCCUCCGGGCGAGGAGAGUGAAGUGGACGGGACUCCGGCGCUGUCCCAGAGGAAGAGGCUGUUGAAGGCCCCUGCCCUGUCCGAGCUGAACAGCUCUGACUCGGAGGAGGAUACCACGGGCAAGUCAGCCAGUAGUUCCAGCAUGUCUACGUCAGUGAUGGACGACACCUCACCAGAGUCCGUUGUAGGCAAAAAGACUCCUCCUAUGUUCCUGCCAAUCUCCUCCACACCGCAACCAGAGAAGCGCCUCGUGUUCCAGAGGAGACACUCCAUUGAGAAGGAGACCCCCACGAAUGUUCGGCAGUUUCUGCCCCCAUCCCGACAGAGCUCCAAAUCUCUGGUUUCCGUGGACCCCAGCCCCAAGUCGGAGGAGUUCUGCUACCCCGUGGAGUGUCUGGCGCUGACGGUGGAAGAGGUGAUGCACAUCAGGCAGGUGCUGGUCAAAGCCGAGCUGGAGAAGUUCCAGCAGUACAAGGACGUCUACAGCGCGCUCAAGAAAGGAAAGCUGUGUUUCUGCUGCCGUACAAAGAGGUUCUCCCUUUUCACCUGGUCCUACACCUGCCAGUUCUGUAAAAGAUGUGUGUGCUCACAGUGUUGUACAAAGAUGAGGCUGCCCUCUAUGCCGCUUGGCAGCCUACCCAUCUUCUCCCUGGGGUCUGGCACCCUGCCCAAGGAGGAGGCCCCAGCCCUGCCUGAGAAGGCCUCCAGCAGCCCCCAGCACCUGGGCCUGCAGCGCACUGGAUCCAGGUUGUCCAGGCUCGGGGAGAGGGCGUCCCGGGAUGAACUCCCCUUGGACCUGACGGGGGACUGGAGCACCAUGGAGGUGUGCGUGGACUGCAAGAAGUUCAUCACGGAGAUCAUCUCCUCCAGCAAGCGCAGCAUGGCCACCAAGCGCAAACGGGCGAUGCGCAAGACCCAGUCCUUCCGCACGUCCUCCCCCAAAUCCUCCAACUACCGGCCGUCCGAGCGCACCAUCAAUGAGGCGUGAGCCCCGCGCCUCCUCUCGUCCCCGCGCCCUGCAUGCCAGCGGCUGCCCCUUUUUCCCUCGCCCCCCCCCCCCCCCCGAAUGCCCCUCACGUGGCCAACUCUGCGGGUCCCCUGAGGAGAUGCGGUGCUGACGAUGUUUUCUGCUAUCGUUUAGUUUUGACUGCGUUUGUGAUGUCACGGGGGCCCGUGGUUGUGCUGUGAUCGUCCGGCCACGUUCAGUACGGCAGCAGUAAGCCUGAAAGUGGAAUGUUCUGUAUGUUCGUGCUGGCUGUCACUGAGCACCUCUUCUUCCAGACAAAAGAAUGAUAAAAUACCCGUGCUGUAAAUAUUGUAUUUAGGACAUUCCUGUCACUGCACAACCACACUCCCUAGCAUACACUUCCAGGCUGAGGAAACCCCUCUUUGUGCAUGGUACGGCCUGCACCCUUUUCUCAGGAAAUUUAAUUUAGUCCAGCUUUAGGCCUAAGGCAUUUGCUCCUCACUGCCCACCAACAGGAUGCCGAAUGAAUGCAUUCCAAUGAAGCAGUCUCUAAUCAUUUUUUUUGUGUCCCUACUAAAUCAAUGCGGAGGAGUAAGAAACGAAAGAGUUGUACCAGACACUUUAAAAAGUGUUGCUACUCUGAAUUGACAGCUGCAAUAGCUACCAAAAAGUACUGUUCGCCACCAGUCCUGAAACUAAAGGUGUGUCGUGUGAUAGAAUGAUCAGUGCGUAGCUAUAUGAGAACAGAGCGAUCGGCCCAGGAUUGAGCUGUGAAUUAGAGGUUAGCUUCCGUUACCACCCCACUCUCAGGGAGCUCUUGGGGACUACCUUGAGACAUGAAUUUGUUCUGUUUUAAAACCUUUUAGACCUGUUGGAUAUAAGCGGAGGUGCAGACCCGGUCUUGCCAACCGUUUAAAUCAAGAACGCGCUCCAUCGCUUUUGAUUUGGCAAGGGUUUUGAAAUUUAGAACCUUCUUCUUUCUGUUACAGUUCAAUGCACUGGACACAUCGUGUUACUUAAUUUUUAUUUUUCAUCCUAUUCUCCAUCAGUGGGCCAUCCGCAGGCAUUAUUCUCACUCAUCUGUUGUGCAGGUAUAGUUGUGUGUUACAGUUUAUUUUUUGGGUGGAUGGAUGGGGUAAAGAUCUUUUGUAAAUACAAGGUUUUCCUAGUGCCAAGUUUUUUUUUCUUCUUUUCUUUCUUUUUUUGUGUGGGGUAUAAUUCCACCCUGGUGUAAAUAUGGUUAUAUUUGUAAUGAUGUUUCUUACGAUCCCAAAGGGGGAAUCUCGAUUGGAUCCUUGAUUGGAGACAUUUAUAGAGGACUAAAUGGUAUUUGCCCACUGUUUUGAUGUAUCGAGCUUUAUUUAAAAAAUAACCAUGUGUAAAAAUUAUUAUUAUUAUUGCUUUAAUAGAUUUUCUGAAUUAAUAAUAACCAUAUACUUAUGUUAUUUUUAAGUUAUAUAACAUUUUUUGUACAUACAAGCACUGGAAUAGCACUUUUGCAAUUUUUUUGUUUUAACUUUAUUUUUCUGGUUUCUGUUGAACCGCAUUAUUUGGUGUUUUACUGUUAUACUUCAAAAAGGACCAUGUGACCUUGGUUUGGAGGUUUGCUCAUCAUGGUACACACUAGGGGAGUUCAUGUAAUUAGGUAUUCAGAGAUUUUUGUUAGUGAAAGUUCUCAUUCAGGCCAAAAGGGGUGAAAUGAUUAUUAAUUGAUGAGAACCAAAAAAGCAUUUCAGCUGUUGGAACAAAAUGCUUUGUUUUCAGUCCUCUUUAAAUUCAGCUCAAACUCUUCAUAAAAAUAAUUAAAAGGCUGAAACACACACACACACACACACACACACACUCAGAACAUGAAUUUAAUGUUAUAUGAAAUGCAGUAAGUUGUAAAAAUACUUUAUUCAUGUUUGAGUCCAACAAAUGGUAGAAUUUAUGUGGCAGUCUAACAAGUUCAGCUCAAAGUUGUUGAGAUAAGAAUUCACUAUGUCUGGAAGUGUUUCCCUCAUUUAUUUCGGCUUGGGGACUCAUUUUAACUGUUAAAUACUACUACUCCCAUAUUAUCAAGUCUUUUAAGAAGUAGAAAUGAAGGAAGCAGAUCCAUUGUUUUACAUCCAGUACCUUUAACAUGGGAUUAUUUUUCUCCUAAAUAAAAUAUAUGUAUAUCACAUUAUUAAAUUAUUUAUUUUCUGUCAGUACUGUCUCUGAACACGCAACAGUUAAAACAUAUUUCGUCAAUUACCUUUGUUUUCAUUUUUCACAGGAAGUGGGCGCUUGGUUUGCAAUUUGUUUGGUUCCUCCCAUAAAUGAAUGUCUGCCAUUUUGGGUUGAUCAGCCUGUUAUACAUUGGCAUUGUUAAUCCUGCAUCAGGAUUUGUAAAAAAAACAUAUGUAGGGAAUUGUUUUAUGCAAGCAUUAACAGUGAUGUGGGUAGUUUUGAAUGUGGGCUUUUUUUUGUAUAUUGUUCAAUAAUGGCAACAUUAGAAUGGUACAGUCAAAUUUUGAAAGUGAUGCUGAAAUGAUGGAGAUUUUAAACGUUUGUAAAUACAGACAGAGGAGAGGAGUGCUCUUUAGUUGUAUUUCAAAUUUUAAAAUUUGAACAACCCAUAGAUGUUUUUCUUCUUCCUCCCGAAAAUAUAUAUAUAUAUUUUUGUCAUUUUAAAAUCUCUCUGAAUUCAUAUUGGCUGUGCAGAUGGAUGCAAAGUACUUUUUGUUUUGUAUGAAAAGUUUGCUUCAGUUUUUUCCUCUUUUUUUUUUCUUUGCUUUAUGACCACAGUGUGGCUGCUUUGGCUCUUAAGGUUAUGCUUCUGAUGCUUUGCAGCAUGGUCAUGUGGUCAGACUGCAAACAGAAAAAAAACCCCAACACAGCUGAAGUGUGCUUACAUGCUGUACAGUUUGGCCAAUGACUUCAAGCCUCUGGUUUAAAAAUGCCUUUUUAAAUGUGUAAAUUAGUUGAUUGGUUACUGGUUGCCUUGGUGAUCUGAGUGCGCAUGUGUGAAAGCCCUCGUCACGCUGUGGGGCGGGGUGUAUUUGGUCGGAGGUGUGCCCUCGCAUUAACGAUUUGACUGCUCUUCCCGUAACAGUCUCAAACAGCUCACCCUUCUGCUGUUCCUAAAGUGUUCCUCUCCAUUAUUCAAAACUAUUUAAAAAGUAACUGCCAAGUCCAUGUCACAAAGCCUCUCAUUUUGCCUUAAGCUGCACUGCCAAUGUCUGUAUUUCCACCACUCUGCCUUGGCUCUUUGGCAGAUUGCAUUACUUAUGUGACUGUAUUGGUGAGUUACAGUUACAGUCUAUUUGAAAUGCAUUGGUGUUUGUGUUCAUAAAAGACGUUUCUGUACAGACGUGUCUAUACAUGUUGCAUAAAAACAUUCAAUCAGAAGCUCCCAACACAUGGCUGUCCAAACCUAACACAUUCAGUUUUCCAGGAAUUUAAUACCCAGGGAUUUUCCUAAUAAAAAACCAUUACUGAGGAAAUCUAUGAACAGCAGGAUUGAUGAUUCGUGAAGCAGUAAACGCUAGCUUAAAUUUACCAUUUUUUUUACCGUGUUAAUUUUUUUUUCUUUUUUUUUUUUGCAUUACACUUACGCUGGCUUAUAGAAAAUUCGUAAGAAUCUCUGUGUGCUUGUUAAGAAGCCCUUUGUUCCUCUUUAGCAAGGCAGUGAUCUGUUUCACCAUGUUAUGCUUUCAUAAUAGGUUCACAGGUGGAUGUCUUAUUCUCUUGUGCUGUACAUGUACAAAAUGUGUCAGUUACUGGGAAAAUAAGAGUGAGCGGCACAAUGAUUUCCAAACUCCUCCUCACCCCCACCCCUCCCCCCCUCGUGUGGCUGCAUUGUGCAUGGACCACUGUGUGACUUGUAACUUUAAACCAUAGAGCUGUUCAUGAAGAAAUGUUAAUAAAAUUGAAAUGUGAUGCAAUGUU